AGAGAAACCUUUACUCUGAAGUGUUAUUGGUACUGUUAGGUUUUUGUGCGAGAUCUUUGAAUUUGCGAUGGAAUCAACAAUACUCACAAAUGUGUAGCUUGUGUACGUCUUCCUUAAGUGUUGCUGCAACAAUGAAAGACAUAUUUACUGUGUAGCUUAUGUAUCUUCUCCUCAAGUCGUUUUUAUAUAUCUUCCAGAGAGACUCGAGCGAGCUAAUCUUCUUGCUACAUCCUCCUGGCUCACUCACUGUCGACUCAAAAGAAACUGUCAGUUUGGCAGUGACACCUGCAUCUAGCCUUCUGAAGAUGUCUUCUCUGGUUGCAUACGAUAAUUCAGACUCCGAGGACGACUCGUCAGAUCAGCAGGAAAAGAGAUUAAGCCCGGCCCAAACUGCACCUUUUGAGCAAAAUCAAAGCCCAAACGCCCCAAUGUUACCCGAUCCCCCAACUUCAGCUAUGGACCAGAUGGUUUCUGGAUACCAUGGAGACACACUGUCCAACUACCAUCCUCAAUCGCAAUCCCUGAGUCAAAGCGACUGGAGGAGUUUCAGUAGACGUCAAGAAAAAGUUGUAAUGGACUGUACUUCUCCAAGUAUGACUCAUUGGAAUAUCCCGUCUGUACAGACCCCUCCCUGCAUUCAGAAAAGCUUUAGUCUGGUGUCAAAUUCAACAAAAAGGCUACAAAAUGUCCCUUCUGAUGUGAGACCGUACAUUUCUAAAAGACGGAGACUUUCCACUUCAGUAGAAACAGAACAGAAAGACGACCCAUCGGAGCCUGAUCACGGGAGUCAGAGCAGAGAGGCUCCCAUUCUCUCUAAUGUGCCAUCGAAACUGGCACCUUAUCUUGGUCAGAAGCCCAGAGCUGCAAAGAUACCCAGAAGGCUUUUGAUGAGUCUUGGAGGCCACAAGGGUCCAGUCAACACAGUGCAGUGGUCUCCUGUGCCCCAAUUUAGUCACCUCUUACUAUCUGCCUCCAUGGACAAGACCUUUAAGGUGUGGGAUGGAGCGGCGAGCGGGAGAUGCCUCAGGGUUUACACCUGCCACUCGGGAGCCGUGCGUGAUGCUUGUUGGACACCCUGCGGGCAACAACUCCUCACUGCUUCAUUUGACAACACGGCAGCGAUCACAGACGUAGAGACUGGUCAACAGACAGUGAAGUUGAACAACGAGUUCAAGGUGAUGUGCGUUGCUCUGCACCCCAGCAACCCAAGCGUUGUCCUGUGUGGAGGUUACAGUUCUGCAGUCAAAGCAUGGGACUCUCGUAGCUGCAAGGUGAUGAAAGUGUACAAAGCAGGGGUCCAGCAGACCUUGGACAUCCUCUUUCUGAGAGGUGGGGAGGAUUUCAUUACGAGCUCUGAUUGUGUGAGCAGAGACUCAGCAGAUCGAACGCUCAUCGCCUGGGACUACCAGACCACAGCUGUCCUCUCCAACCAAAUCUACAAUGAGCGUUACACUUGCCCAAGCUUGGCUCUCCACCCGCUGGAAGACACAUUUGUUGCCCAGACCAAUGGGAACUACAUGGCACUUUUCUCCACCCAAAGGCCAUACAGAAUGAACAAGAGGCGGCGAUUCGAAGGACAUAAGGUGGAGGGAUAUGCCGUGCAGUGUGAGUUUUCCCUGGACGGAGCUCUCCUGGUCUCGGGCAGCUCCACUGGCUCCGCUUACUUCUACGACUUUCACAACGCUCGUCUGCUGCACACUCUGCAGGCCCACAGCCAGCCCUGCCUGUGCGUCUCUCAACAUCCUGUCCUGCCUGCCACUGCCGCCACCUGUGACUGGGCAGGUGAGAUCAAGAUCUGGCACUGACAGAUUAUUAAGGAGAAAAGAAAACGAGAAAGGUGAUUGCAGGACCUUAAAAUUCAAUUGAAAACUAUAUAAAAAGACUUUUGCCCUAAAAACAUUUUGCACGACAUUUAAUAACACCAGGAAAAAAUCUCCCCUUUUUAAAUCUUUCAAAGUAAGUUUUUAUUGUCCAUUUCUUUUCUAUUUACUUUCUUCAAAAUGUUGAUGUUGAAUCUUUUUGUCAUAGUCAUGCUGACUGUAUUGAAGUUAAACUGUAUAAAUUAAAUAGACAUUUACUUCAGUGCUGAAAAAAUUACUUUUUUAUCUAAAGCAAAAACAUAAUUCAAAUGGUCGUUUUUAAUUAAAACAUUUGUUUUCAUUUCAACAUUCUGCACAGACAUCACUUUUGAAUGUUUUUAUCUUCUCACUAAACGUGAUUGGAAGUUUUCCUUUCAUAAAAGCUGCUCAAAACACCAGGAAGAGACAAGUGGGGACAAAAUAAGGAGGACAUCGUCUGUCAAAGCAUUUGCCAGUUUUUCUAAAACUGUGCCACUCUGAAAUAAACAUAUGGGAAGAUCAUUCAUUAUCUAAUAAAAAAAAAUGGCUGUGAAAUGUGUUGUUCUUUUAAAUUGAUCAGUUUUUUUAAUUAAAAUAAAAAGAAUAACUAAAAAAUACAUUUUAAAUCAGGUUACCUUUGUACUGGCGACAUACAGAGCAAGACAAUUUAUUUACAUACAUCCAGUUAUGGGAAAUAAUGCUCUUGAAGGUUUACAGUAUCUUUCCAAACACCCAUCUUUAUUAAAUAAAUAGGCAUACAACAAAAAUAUACAACCAUGCAUCAGACAGACAAACAGACAGACAUGUUGACACUUAGACAUG